AUGACCGAACCCCUGAACCCACUUUUCCUUCUCCUUGAGCCUCAACCAGCCCCACAUACUGUCCCGUCCAACUGUCCCAACAGUUCGUCCGACAGUGAUACAACACCCACCUCAUCUCCAUCCAUCCUCCCCAACCCGGCUGAACCCUCAAACCCAGUUGAACCACAACCUCCCCCUCCUACCGUCUCACCCCCACCCAACCAUCCCAUGGUGACACGUAGCAAAGCCGGUAUUCACAAGCCUGAAAUCCCCUUCCCUCUCACAGUGUCUACCUCAUCUCCAACUCCCACUACAUAUCGCCAAGCUCUUCUUGAUAAAAAAUGGCGUAUGGCCAUGCUUGAGGUUAUACUACUUUGA